UUGUGCAGAGAGGUUGGCAGCCUGCUGCUGUUGAGCAAUCCGGAGGGAGGUGAUGUGAUGCCAGGCGGGGUGACCGAACCAGAGUGCACUCGGUCAUUACGCACGGGGGACGCCGAUCUCCAGGCUUUACGCACGGCGCUGUCGCUUUCCACUGGAGGUGAAACUGACCCCGGGAGUCCAGCAUGUCUGCAGCAAGGAGGCUACUGAGGUUUAAUCCACGCUUAUUACAGAGCAGGACUAAUAAACGCACGGCCGCGGUGACCGGCGCUGCAGCGACACCGCCGCACACCUCGGUGGGAAACGCAGUCCUGUUCAGCGGCUCGGCGCAGUGUCGGAGGCCUGAAGGCAGAGUGACGGUCCACUUCAUCAACCGGGACGGUCAGAAGAUCACGACGUCAGGAGCUGAAGGAGACAGUCUGCUGGACGUGGUCGUGGAUCAGAAACUGGACAUCCCUGGCUACGGUGCGUGCGAGGGGACCCUGGCGUGCUCCACCUGUCACCUGAUCCUGGAACAGGAAGUGUACGACCAGCUGGGACACAUCAUCGACGAGGAGCAGGACAUGCUGGACCUGGCUUAUGGCCUCACUGAAACGUCUCGUCUGGGUUGCCAGGUCUGCCUGUCCAGGUCUCUGGAGGGGGCGACGGUGCGGGUGCCUGCGGGCCUGUUUGACAUGAGACGGGCCGACAGCAGCGGCUCCUCCAGCUCCGCAUAACAUUCGUCUUUUACCGUCUCCAACCUUUUCUCCUUCUGUUGCCGCCUCGUCCUCCGGCUCUCAGACACAGACAGAAAAAACACUUUGCAGAAUGUUGAAUUCACACGUAUAAGGAUGUAAAGACAGAGCUACGC